UCUGUGAGUGCCAGUGCCGUGACCUCCUGGUAUCUUUUCACCUCGUCCUCAGCUGUGGCAGAUAAUGAUUUUGGUGGGGCUCUAACAUCACCAUAAGUCUGACCAAGCAAGUCUGUUAGCCCACAAGACUUCCUCAUCUUGGCUGGUAUGAGAGGGGGUCUGGGAUUUUGUUCAGUGUCGUCAGGUUCCUCAUGAUAUUCAUGGGCUUCUGGCUCAGAGAUGGGCUGCUGCCUCUUCUCUUCCUUUAUAAAACACACACACAUACAGAGAGAGAGAGAAAAUAAAUAUGUUAUAUCUUUUAGUAUGCAGUAAUAUGUUGUUUUUCUUCAGUAAAUUAUAAUUAAUGUAUUUAAUUGUUAAAUAGAACCUUACCAAUAUGACAAAAAUAUAAUGUCUACUAAUAUUGUAAGGUAUUUAAAUUAUAACACCAGAAUGUUUGCUUAUCUGAAGGGUUAUAGCCUCAGCAACCACUCUGGCAUAGGUUUUUUGUCUUUCCUCUCGUAACAGGAACGGCAGGGUUUAAAGCGUGGGUCGAGAGCUGAUGCUGUAUAGAGGGUGUUCCUCUCGACUGUGCUGGCAUAUCUCUUCUUAAGAUCUUGACUAAAAUUUUGCUUGAUGUUUCUGACCAGCGCGGUGUCGCCAAUGUUGUCAUGUGUGUCAUGCAACAGCUGUGCUAGCAGCGGUGCUCCGAGAGACAGAGUAGGAUUCUUUUCCUCAGACAUCACAGUAGUUGCAACUUGCAUUGACGUCAAAGCCUGGACAAUUUCUUCUCAUUUAGAGUAAAGAUAUCUGUGCUACUCUUUCUAACUUCGGGAGACAGCAGUGCUGCACAAAUGGCAGGUUGUUGUUCAAGGAAACACUGGAGCAUGUCAUAAGCACUGUUCCAUCUCGUGCAGGCGUUGGUCUUGAGCUUGUGAGUUGGGAGGUGCAAAAUUUUCUGUUUUUGCUCCAGAGCGUGGUUUGCCACUGCGCUUCUAUUGAAAAACCCAGUUAUGCGCCGCACUCUCCCCAAGACCCUGGAUACUGCAGGCAGGUUUAAGGCUGAUUGUGAUGCAAGAUUGAGCGUAUGGGCGAAAGACUUCACAUGCAGGACUUCACAUGCAGAUAAAACAUGUCCUGCAGGAUGGAGCAUGUUCAGUCAUAGCUGUUAUCUCCUGUCUGGAAGAUCUGGUUCCUGGCAUUCAGCUAGAAAAAACUGCAUAGACCAAGGAGCAGAUUUGGUGGUGAUAGACAGCCCUGAAGAACAGAAUUUCAUCGCUUCAUUCACCGAGGAACGGACUUGGAUUGGUUUAAAUGACAUAGAACAAGAGGGAACGUGGAAAUGGGUAGAUGGAACGCCUCUGACUCUGCAAUACUGGGCAUCUGGCCAGCCUGACAACCACCACCUUAGAGAGGACUGUGUUCAUAUCAGAGAUCCAGGAACUUCCUGGAAUGAUGAAAGAUGUGACGAUUCUUACCAGUGGGUCUGUGAAAAAGUACUGUAACAGCUGAAUUUGUUUGAAAAUUCAGCCGUUACAAUACUUAUGUAAUUUUACAUAUUUUACAUUUUACAUAUUUUUCAAAUUAGUUCAUGUUAUUUUAUUAGCAUUUUUUAUAUAUCCUUUUCUGAAUAGGUAUUAAGCUUUAGUAAAAAAACAAGCCUUGAAAUAUAACUAUGUCUAUAAUAACAAUAAUAGUAAUCAGUAACUGACCCAUUUUAUUUGGAUAGCACUUUUAAAAACAUACAGUCACAACAUGCUUCACAUUUUGGGUAAAACAUAAAAUACAGUCUUCUAUGCACUUAUACAUACAUACAUACAUACAUACAUACUUCCAGAGACACAUCAGGUGUGUAGAAAAAAAAUAUUAUUAUUAUUAUUAUUAAGAUUGAUUAGUUUGCCUUCUGGUGGGGAAAAAAUGACUGGAAUAAGCACAUUCAGCAAACAUAAACUCAAGUCCUAUUGCAUACUACCUUUUUGGAAAUUAUCUUUUUAUUAUAACUGUAUUACCUGAAUGAUCAAAUAAUAUCUGGACAAAAUGAGGUAUUUGGAGUCAUUACUUGUCUUUGAUCACAAAAAUUUUUUUGUUGUAGUAUUUUUGUCCACAUUACUGUAUUAUUUUGUCAGCACACAGCUUUACUUUAGAGAAUCGAAUGCAGCCCCUUAUUAGGAAGCAGAUAAAUACUGUAGUUCAUGUCAUUGGGGGAAAAAAGACCGUGGUCUUCUUUAGUGUGUGCUCAGUGUGGUUUCAGUCAAUAAUUACCGUCACUGGGGAAAUGGUGUCAACAUUUUUUCAAUAAUUUUGUGGUAUUUUUAUUGAUAAUGUUGGUUUAUUGCAUGAAUUUUGUUUAGAUUCUUUCAGCAGUUGUAACAGUGUUUUGGCAUCUCAAAGAUUAGACCUAAGAGCUUCAUCUAGAGAGGAUUGUUAAAAUUGUUACAUUUCAGUCUGCAACAUUUGGGCAUUAUUGAGUAAUUUGCCGUACAAUAUUAGAGCAUUUUUAGUUUGAAACAUAGCUAAACUGUUCUCAGGUGUGCGGACAUUAAAAAGGCACAUCAGUAGCUAAUGCUGGUUGAAAUCUGCACUGGUUAAACAUUUGCAUUUUAUAUUGCUUAAUGUUUGCUCGCUUGUUAUUGUGACUGCUGAAAGCAUUAAACUAAUGUUAUCUUCACUUUAUUGUUAUUAUUCUAGUUGGAUUGGAACGGAUUAUUUUCUCUUGCUGUGUAUGUGUGUGUAUAUGUGCAUAUAGUGUUUUACUGUAUUUGUGUUUUUCUUAUUUUUUUUAAUCUACUGUACAGAUUACAGAAAAAAUAGCGUUUACACAAAUACAGCAUGUAUCAUGCAUUCUACUUGCUAAAAAUCUGAUGCAGAAAAUGAUAAGAUCAUUAAAUACAUUUUAAUGAUCCAUUCUUAUUGAAAUACAGUUUCCUCAGCAUUUUCGACAGAAAUAAAAUUGUGAUUCAUCUUCAGAAAACGCCUGUAAUAUGUAUUAGAACAGGAAUUUGAAAACCAGUCGUAAUGUCUUCUGUAGCCACAAGGGGGCGCAAAGAUAAUGGAAGUUCAUUCACUUCCUACACAUAUAUAAAAGCACGUUUUUGCUUUGAUUGGGGUUUAUAUAAAUUGUUGUGGAAGGUUGUGCACACUAAACAAGCAGGAUACAGCAGAAAACAAAAAGUGAUGUUUGCAUUCUAUUUUUUUUUUUGCUGAAUAAUGUUUCUGAACAUGGAAGCAUGGCACUGCAAUGUUUUUUCUUUUUAAUUCAAAAAUGAAAAUAAAAAUAUAAAUGCAAAUUGAUUAUUGGUUGGUCCUGUCAGAGAAGAGUGUAUUUUAGAAAUGAUACAAGUCAGAAAGAGGGGACCAUGAUAGCAACAACAAUGUAUAUGUUUAACAGCUGACAAUUAUUUUAUACAUUUUCGUUUUCGUUUCUUGGGAUUGUGCUAUAAAGCUUGUGUUACGUAGACAUCUUAACAGUAGUUUUACUAAUCAUGUAUGGGUUGGAUCAUCAAAAUGCAGUAAACUGCCUGCUGUGAA